CAAUAAAUUACAUUUCACUGUAUUGCAUUUUGCUGGCAAGAUGGCGCCGGCGUAGACAAGUCAGGUGACCUUGUUUUUCUCCAUCACCAAUGCAUGAUUGUUGGUUCAUAAGGGAUGCGGAAGUCAAUGUAGCCUAUUGUAGCCUACCUACACAAUUGCAGUAGCUGGUUGGGAUAUGUGGUGAGACCAUUGUCUCAAUCGUGCACAUGUAAUGGCGGCAAUGGGGGUCUCUGAUGCGACCACUUUUUAAAUGUGUGAGUGGUUUCGGUGUGUCAAUAAAUCUUGGUGGCAACAAUUCUGCAUUCCACACAUUCUUGGAUAUAUAAAAAAAAGGAGUUUGGCUAGGCAUAAACCACUAUGGCUUACAUGUCACCAGAUGUUGCCGCAGUUGCAUGCUGCUCGUUCUUCAUUAGCCUGUGUAGGGAAACCGCACUUUGAGUUUUCCAUGGGUGUAGUGCAUAAAUGCGUACUUAAAUAAUUAUGAGGCCCAAUGCCAAAAUGAUGUCUGGCAGCAGACUCGCCGACACUCACAAUGAUAAAAUGAGGAAGAUGUCAAAAACGUCGAUUGAAAGGUUUUAAGCACCGCACCUGUGUGCGUAAUUAGCCCAUCAUUGAAGGUGUCCAUAACCUACUUCAAAAUUAAGGAAACAUUUUGACAAUAAUAUCUAAAUUAAUUGCUAAGGAGAAUCCUCACUGUAAAGCCAAUUUUCAUUAUUUAGUUGUGAGCUAAGUAAAUCCUGAUAGACAGAGUUCCAUGUUGAUGUGUAUAUACUUUGGAUGUCAACUUAAAUACUGAACAUACAACCAAACAUGGUGUAGAAAACCCCACCCAAUCUUAUAAUCGCCUUUUAUUGGUGGGUGAUCUUUUGUAAAUCCUGUCCCCCUUUUUGUUGGCGAUUGUAAUUGGUCAAUGGUGACGACAAUCCCAACUCACAUUCCCGCCUACCGAGGAGAUCAAGUUUGAAUGAACAACAGCAGUCUGUUCAAGGAGUAGUAGUUGCAAUUUCAGUAAAAAAUACUUUUACUUCUGUAUACUUGGUUUAUAAAAUCGGUGGACUAGUUUUCUCAAGAUGGAUAUGAAGAAAAGAAUUCAUCUAGAAUUGCGGAAUCGCACGCCAUCUGAUGUGAAAGAACUGGUGCUUGAUAAUUGCCGCUCAAACGAAGGCAAAAUUGAGGGCCUCACAGAUGAAUUUGAAGAGUUGGAAUUUCUAAGCACAAUCAACGUUGGGCUGACGUCGGUCUCCAACUUGCCGAAGCUGAACAAGCUGAAAAAACUUGAACUCAGUGACAACAGGAUCUCAGGUGGGCUGGAAGUACUGGCGGAGAAAUGCCCAAACCUCACACACCUAAACCUCAGUGGCAACAAAAUUAAAGACCUCAGCACGAUAGAACCUCUGAAAAAAUUAGAGACCCUCAAAAGCUUAGACUUGUUCAACUGUGAGGUGACCAACCUCAACGACUACAGAGACAAUGUGUUCAAGCUCCUCCCCCAGUUGACGUACCUUGACGGCUAUGACAAAGACGACAAGGAGGCGCCAGAUUCGGACGCAGAGGCCUAUGUGGAGGGACUGGAUGAUGAUGAUGACAGUGAUGAGGUAGACGAGGAGGAGGAGGAGGAUGAGGAUGAAGACGCCCCACCAAGAAAAGAGGAUGAUGACGAUGAGGAAGAAGAGGAAGAGGAGGACCUAAGUGGAGAGGAGGAAGAGGAGGAGUUGGACGGCAAGGAGAGUGAUGAGGACAAUGAAGAAGAGGAGCGAGGUCUGAAGAGGAAAAGGGAUCUAGACGAGGAAGCAGAGGAGGAGGAAGACGACUGACGAUGUGCUCACCACCAAGCUAUGUUCUGAUCAGACUGUUUUAACCUUGUAUUCCCUGUCCCCUCCCACCCCUCUGUAUUUGUCCGUUGUCAUAUAUCGCAGUAGGCAUGGGUAGUGUCAUGGGCCAGCUGGGUAAAGGGUUGGUGUAAGGAAACAAGUUUGAUUAUUUUUUUCUUAUAUAUUUUGUUGUACUUUUUGAUUCCUUGUAUUCUACUCAUAUCUGUCCCCUGCAAACCACUGGAAGGGCAGAAGAGAACAUUUCGUAAAAGUCCAAUAUUAUUAGCUCUAACCUUUGUAAAGGUUUUGUCUUCUCAGUGAUAUUGAUACCUUCUGUGUAAACAGAUUUCUGAUGAUGAUUUAUGUAUUUAAAGAGACAAACUACCAAAAAACCUUUUUAGAAAUGCAUGUCUGAAAUAGAUUUUAAAGUCGACUACUGGAUUUCAAGUAUGACAGUUUCCUAUACCCUUUUCUUAUUCAGUGUCUUUUUCUUUUCAGUGUACAUUAAGUGUUUUGUGGUGUCAUCCGUAUAUCAUUAUAUGUGCUGUUUUCAUUAUGGAAAGGGUGUUUAAACAUUCUUGGAGUGGCCUGUAUACAGGCCGUCUUUUAAACACAGUAAAGAAUGUCUGCCCUUGUCAGAAUGUUUCUCCUUGACCCCUAGCUUUGAUAGUUCGGAAAUUACGUGUUAUUUGUAAAUACUGACCAAAUCUAUUUUCUUUCUAUUACUCUUUGAUAAUGGCAGACAUUUACACUUAAUUAAUUGUAACGAUGAACUGUAGUAAGAUAUUGAGUAUCUGUGCAGCCGUACCUAAAGUAGACUAAUUGAAUCUGGUACACGAUUUCCAUUUUCACCAAAUUAUAUUCACAGAAAUACUCACUGAAUCCAAAUUUGUUAUUGCUGUCCAACUCUUCAAAUCCAUAUUCGUUCCCCACCUAUAUAAUACACCGCUGGGCAAUGUGCAAAGAAAACACCUUUUGCAUUUUCUUUUCUUAAACCAUAGGGCAGUUCAUGGUCAGAUAGGCCUACCUCAGUCAUGUUCCCCUUACAUGUUCAACCCACUGUCAUCAAAGCUAAUACCUUACCAUGAGACAAACUUUUGAUUUUCUCCCUUUCACUUCAAUAAAUAUUUUUUUUUUU